GCAGGCCACAGCUAAGGGAGGAAUCUGAGGCUGCCUCCAUCACGCACCUGCUCUGACCUUGGGCAGGAAGGCAUGGGAUCUCUCGUGCCUCAGUUUCCCCCGCACACGGGAAGCGGGCUGAUGAGAGGAUGAGCUUGGGCAAUGCCGGCUCCCAUGGGCCGGGCACACCCGGGGCAGAGGUCAGACACCCUGGCCAGGCUGCAAUGCCCUUUGCCCCCGGCAGCCAUUCUCUCCCUGGCUCUGCUCCUGUGUCCUAGGCCCGUCUGGGGACACGCAACCGGCGGGGACCCCGAGCGGCAUGUCAGGGUGAGGCAGCGGGGCUCAGUGCUGAACAUGCUCAGGAGGCUGGACAAGAUCAGGUUCAGAGGUCACAAGCGCGACGACUUCCUCGACCUGGCGGAGUCUCCCAACGCCUCGGACAACGAAUGUGGCGACGACGUGCCCCUGAGAGCGCCUCGGGCCCGGGACAGCGAGGAGCUGAGGGACCCUGCCGGUCCGGGGACCCUCAUCAUGGCCGCGGGAGUCCAGGACUUUAACCGGACAGAGUCUGAUCGGCUGAAUGAGAUCAAAGGUCACCUGGAAAUCGCCUUGCUGGAGAAGCACUUCCUGCAGGAGGAGCUCCGGAAACUGCGGGAGGAAACCAACUCCGAGAUGCUGCGGCAGGAGCUGGACCGUGAGCGGCAGCGGCGGAUCGAGCUGGAGCAGAAGGUGCAGGAAGUGCUGAAGGCCAGGACCGAGGAGCAGGCGGCUCAGCAGCCUCCGAGGAGCCAGGCCCCGGUCGCCAACGGAGCAGGUGGGUCCCGCGGGCUCCCGGCUGGGGGGGGGCUGGGUGGCGAUCCUGUCCCGGGGCCCACGUGGCCGGGCCCCCUCCAUCGGAACCAGGUUCGCGUCUCACUCCCAGAGCGCGGUGCCAAGCCCGUCACCAGCUUCGUGAAGAACCUGUCAGCCUUGUCUGACUGGCACUCCGUCUACACGUCCGCCAUCGCCUUCACCGUCUACAUGAACGCCGUGUGGCACGGCUGGGCCAUCCCCAUGUUCUUGUUCCUGGCAAUUCUGAGGCUGUCCCUCAAUUACCUCAUAGCCAGGGGCUGGCGGAUCCAGUGGAGCAUUGUGCCGGAGGCGCCCGAACCGCUGGAGCCGCCGAAGGAGGACCUGACGGUGUCCGAGAAGUUCCAGCUGGUGCUGGACGUCGCCCAGAAGGCCCAGGUGCGCUCUCCUGCCGGCCUGUGGCCAGCGCCGGGUCUGCCCUGGCUCCUCCCGCUCAGCCCCGGGGGCUGGGUGCAGCCCGAGAUCACGCAGAAGCUGUACGUCGCGCUGUGGGCCGCCUUCCUGGCCUCCUGCUGCUUCCCCUACCGCCUGGUGGGGCUCGCCGUGGGACUCUAUGCCGGGAUCAAGUUUUUCCUCAUCGAUUUCGUCUUCAAACGCUGCCCGCGGCUGCGAGCCAAGUACGACACCCCCUACAUCAUCUGGAAGAGCCUGCCCACUGACCCGCAGCUCAAGGAGCGCUCCAGCGCCGCCGCCGUGUCCCGCAGGGUGAGUGCCCGGCCGGGCCAGAGCCCGCCAUCCUGCGUUCAUGCGUGGUCGCUGGGGCCAUGUCCUUCCCGCUCCCCGGCCUUUUCCUUUAAAAAAACAAACGCCCUGCGUACUCACCUGGGGAAGGACCCUCAGUGCACACCCCGCGUGGAUGGCGUGGUGGGGACACCCGUUGCUGUGGGUCCCGCGGGGGCGUUUUGGUGGGAACCGCGGUCCGUGUGCCCCUCAGUGUGUGAGAACGGCUGGCGCUGCUGCCUGAUCAACAGAGACCGGAAGAUGCCCACAGACUACAUCCGGAACGGGGUGCUGUACGUGACGGAGAAGUCCCCUCGUCCCCCGCACACACCCCUCAGGGCAGGUCUAGGUGAGAGCCGACAGCUGCCCCUCCUCUGGCAUUUUCUAGCCGGUUUCCCCACGUGUGGUCACAUGGAGUGGGUGCAGGUGUGUGUGGUGCGGGGGGCGGGGGGCGCACACACUCGUCGGGGGCAGGGCCCACCAGCUCCCCAGCACAGACUCAGUCUUUUUCCCUGUGGCUGGGAAGCCAGGCCUGUGGCCCCACGGAGCAGGCCCGGGUUUGGGGAGGUGGCACGGCCCCGUCCCCAGGGAGAGGCCUGUGGUGACCUCCUGCUCGUCUUUCAGUACAAGGUCCUCUCUGUCCUCCCGGGGUCGGGCAUGGGGAUCGCCGUGACGACGCCAUCAACCCAGAAGGUAAGUGCUGAGCAGGCGGGGGCCCCGGGGCCAGGGCAGAGCCACCGACCUGCCAGGCUCCAGGUGGGCAGGGGCCUGGGGCUGAUGAAGGUGGGCGCCUGCGUGGCCAGCGUGGGCCUCCCUGAGCCACCUGGCCGGUGA